ACUCUAUCUGUACCUCCCUAGUCGGGAGGCACGUGCGUUCCGCUUGGCAAAGCGAUUCAGCUCACCCCUCGUGUCUCGCAAUUCUCCCCCUCUCUUCAAGAUUGCUAUUUCCAACAGAACCCUCUCUGCCCAAGAGCUUCAUUCCUCCAUCUCCCAAUCCAUCGCCAGAUUCGCCCUAUCCGUUGUCCCUUACCUACACCCGCUCGACCUCGCUAUGGCUGGCCGUUUCGUCCGAUCCUCCAAAUACCGACACGUUUUUGGUCGGUCUACAAAGAAGGAGCUAUGUUACGAUAACCUCCACAUCUCAAAGAAUGCUUGGGACAGCAACAUCAUCAAAGUCAAUCCGUCGUACCUGUCGGUGAACUGGGAAGCUGGCGGAGGCGGCGCCUUCGCCGUCAUUCCCUUAUCCGAGCGCGGGAGACUGCCGGAGCUCAUCCCCCUAUUCCGAGGACACACUGCCGCGGUUCUGGAUACCGACUGGUCGCCGUUCAACGACUCGCUCAUCGCCUCCGGCUCUGAUGACGGGAAGGUGUUCAUCUGGAGUGUGCCUGAAAACUUCUCGCUUCAUUACGAUGAGGAAGAGGGCCCUCAGGAUGUUGCCCCCGUGUUGAAGCUCGCCGGACACACGAGGAAGGUCGGACAUGUCUUGUUCCAUCCGUCGGCGGAGAACGUGCUCGCGACUAGUUCCGGGGACUAUUCGAUCAAGCUGUGGGAUGUCAACACCGGUGCGGCGGUUCACCAGUUGCCCCACGGUGACAUUGUGCAGUGUAUGUCCUGGUCGACGAACGGAUCCAUGCUCGUUACGACUUGUCGAGACAAGAAGCUCCGUGUUUGGGACCCUAGACAGGAGAAGGCGGUGCAUGAGGUUGCCGGACAUGCUGGAGCGAAGAACAGCAGGGCUGUAUGGAUGACCGGAGAAGUCGGUGGUGACAAGAUUGCGACCACUGGUUUCAGCAAGAUGAGCGAUCGUCAGCUUGGUCACUGGGACCUGAGAACUCUGUCGGAGGGGCCUGUUGGCGGCUUCGAGAUGUUGGACAGCAUCUCGGGCGUGUGCAUGCCGUUCUGGGACCAGGGCACGAAGUGCUUGUACCUGGCCGGAAAGGGCGAUGGAAACAUUCGGUACUACGAGUACGACGGCAGCGAGUUCAUCCCCUUGUCCGAGUACAAGAGCAGCGAACCCCAGCGUGGUGUCGCAUUCUUGCCCAAGAGGGGUGUUUCGGUCAACGACAACGAGGUGAUGAGGGCGUUCAAGACUGUCAACGACGCGUACAUUGAGCCCAUCUCCUUCAUUGUUCCCCGACGGGCCGAAACCUACCAGUCCGACAUCUACCCAAUGGCAUCGUCGGGAGUGUCCGCGCUUUCUUCCAGCGAGUGGUUCGGCGGUGCCGACGCAGAGGCACCGCAGUUUGAUCUCGAGACCCUGUACCAGCCUGGUGCUUCGCCUGCGCCUACACCCAUGCCUCCAUUGUCUACCGCGCCGUCGACGCGCAAGAACACCUUGCACAUGCACACACCCUCGCCUUCCAUCACUGCUGCCCUGGACUCCUUCAGGUCUCCAGUCAGCCCGGUCAAGGAGACCCCCAAACCUGCAGCAGUGGCGCCGGCGGCGACUCCCACGGUCGAGAAGGAGCUGCCAUUCCGCCCCAAGUCUCCCACCAAGACUACCACCGCGCCGUCUCCCAGGGCUGCCACUCCCCCGGCAGCUAGUCUCGCGCCGUCACCUGCUGCGGCACCUACCCCUGCUGCUCCUCUCGCCCCCAUGGCCCCCUCUUUUGCUGAAUCCAUCCUUACCGACCAGCUCGUCAAGAUCACUACCCUGCUCGAAAGCCAGAACGAAACGCUCGCGGCUCAGAACGCACAGAUCCGUGAGCUCACCAAGGAGGUGGAUACCCUCAAGGAGAGGAUCGUCGAUGGAGGAACUACUGUGAUAGUGGGCAACGAGGAGCUAGAGGAGGAGGGUAGGAGAAAGGACGAGAAAAUCCGACAGUUGGAGCUGGAGCUGGAGAAGGCUCAAUCUUGAUUGGGAACGACUAGACUACUACUACUACUACCACGGAGUUAUCUCUCUAGUAGAAGGGGGUUAUCAUUUUUGACGUUUGACGUUUGUUUUACCUACUUCACUUACUGCAGCGGUACAAGGGAGGGAUUUGUGCAAACUGCGUUGCAGCGUUGCAUUCAGGCUUCAUUAUCUUUUUUUUCCCCUUCCACCUCCUCUUCUCGCGUCUUUUUGGGCGCUUUUACGGAAAAUGUGAAAAAUUUAUGUUUGACGAUUCUUUUUUUUUUCUUUCCUUUUCUCUCUUUCUUUCCUUUAUUUCUUUUCUUUCCUUCUUUACGAUUUUGUUUAGAUAUCAGACUACACGUAAACACAAUUACAACUUGAUGAAUCGAUCACAAAGGUGACAAGUGACGGAAAUCGGAGAUGGG